AUGGUUGCCAUCAGAACAAUUACCCAAAUGACAGCAGCAGCCCGACUUCGAGGGUAUCUUGCAGACCCAUCCAAGACAUUGAUGUGUCCAGGAGUCUAUGAUGGGUUGUCAGCAAGAAUGGCGUUGCAGGAAGGUUUCGACUGUUUAUACAUGACGGGCUCCGGUACCUCCAUGUCAAGAUUAGGAAUGGCAGAUCUAGGACUCACCACAUUGAAUGAUAUGAGAGACAACGCGGCAAUGAUUUCCAGCCUGGAUCGGAGAGCUGUCAUGGUCGGUCGCACCGUGGCCCAGUAUAUGCAAGCCGGCGUUGCAGCCCUGCAUCUCGAGGACCAGGUGCAGAACAAAAGAUGUGGCCACCUACGGAACAAAGAGCUGGUCUCGGAAGAAAUCUACCUGUCACGGAUCCGAGCGGCCGUGAACAUGCGUGAGAAAUUACUGGGAGACAUUGUGAUCAUCGCCCGCACCGAUGCGCUGCAGUCCCUCGGGUUUGAAGCAUGCAUUGAGAGGCUACAGAAAGCGGUGAGUGUCGGAGCAGACGUGGUCUUUCUCGAAGGCGUCGAGACUAAAGAGCAAGCCGCCGAACUGUGCCUACGGCUUCAUCCCACGCCGGUAUUGUACAAUGCGGUAUCAGGAGGAGUCUCGCCCAACAUCUCCGUGGCCGAGGCGCGAGAGCUGGGAUUCAAGAUUGUCAUUUUUCCGUCGGUGUCUACACGGCAGGUUGUCGAGGGCCUAUCGCAAGUCUUGAGAGAUUUAAAGGAGAAUGGUGCUCUUCCCAAGACAUCGACGACACCCAAAAACGUAUUUGAACUGUGCGGCUUGCAGGAAGUGAUUGACUUUGAUACGGCGGCCGGAGGCAGUAUGUAUACGAAUGGUGUAUAG